CCGUGUCCACCGCUGCCGUGUUUGAGCAUAUCCUCACUUAGACCUAGGACUUUACUACUGCGCAGUCAUUGCUGUGCUUACCAUUGUGUUACAGCGUUACAAGGUGGAACAGUUACUCAGCAGUUCUAAUGUUGAUUGUUUCUUCUGUUAACUCCUCGCUAAUGGUGAGACUGAUACAUGAGCAUUAAUGUGGUCAGAUGUUUUCUGGGUUUUUUUGGAGCAGGGAGGGAGUUGUUGGGGGUUUGUUUACAGACAUAGUGCUGUAAUAAACACAGUUGGAUAUUUUUCCACUUUUGUGGAAAAAGAGACCUUUUCCCUUGGCUACAGUAACGUCUGUAGAUAUUAAUGUCUGUAACUUGUUUACUGUCCUGUGAGUGUAAAUUGCAACAGACUCAUUCUGAACUAUCUAGCUAACUGACAAUUAAAAUAUACCGUCAAAGUUGAUUUCUCAGACGUUUCAUAGGAGUUACAGUGAAAUAAUUUGCAAAUGUGAGUACUGAAUUCGGUAAGAUAAACUAGAAAAGGCAGUCUCUGUGUUAGCAUUUGUCACUUCUAUAAAAUCCUAUGUGAAUCUCAUCGCAAGAUGGUUUUGAUUCAGUGAAUUUUUUCCUCUGCUCAUGUUUUUCAUCAUGCUUGUUCUAGAAGAUUAUUUUUUUUUGCUACACCACAGAAAAUAUGAUAAGCAUAAGGAGCCGUCAGAGCAAGAAAAAUGCAAAACUGAGCAGAGUGUGUGAGUUAAGAGAAGCUUCUCUUGAGAGAUGGAGAAAAGCUAGAACCAGAGGGAAGAUUAUCUUGCCUACUCUAUGUGCACGUUACAUUCCGGUGUAUGAGUGCAGAACAUGGAAAGUGGGCUUCGUAAGAGGAAGGGAGAGUGCUGGCACUGCUCUGGGUUGAUGAGUGGAGAAAAGAUCUCAGGAGAAGAUACCAAAAUGUGAGAAAGGGGCAGCAGUGGUUUUUCAUUGUCUGGGAAAAUGCAAGUUCUCUUGUCGUGCACACCCUAAGGUGGGGUUCUGAGUUAGUCCCAUUGCUGUGCCCCCUUGCCUGUCAUACACUCCAACCCUUCAUUUUCAAGCUGGUGAAGUCCAGCUAAGAAUGACUUCAGACAUGACAGCUUUCUAAAGCAGUUUCUGACAAAGUGAGCACUAGCCCAGCAGGCUAAACAAUUGCGUGGAUUCUGUGAGAAAGAAGCCUGAAGGGGCUGAUUAGAACAGUACUGGAUAGGUGUUAAUGAAUUCUGUCCUCAUUGUAAAGCCAUUUUGAAAUCAAAUUCUUCAAUAGCUGCUUUGUCCCAUGAAAGUAGUAUCCAACAUUGCUAACUGUGAUAAUCCAAGUGCAGGACAUACCGUUUCUGUGCAAAGAAUGACUUUUUUUGUUGUUUAUGGAAUAUAUUCAAAAUUCCAGGUGUCUUCUACCGAAUAUGGAGGAUAGAGUUGGGAUGUGCUGCAAGAUUUGAGUUCUGAUAUCAGAUGCAAAAGGUAUGGAAUAUCAAACAGAUGAUUAAAUUAACGCAGGAACAUAUAGAAGCGCUGUUAGACAAGUUUGGAGGAGAACAUAACCCACCAUCAAUAUAUUUAGAGGCCUAUGAAGAGUACACCAGCAAAUUAGAUGCUCUACAGCAGAGAGAACAGCAGUUAUUGGAAUCCAUGGGAAAUGGAACUGAUUUCUCUGUCUCCAGUUCAGCUUCAACGGACACAGUUGCAUCAUCUUCCUCCUCUAGCCUCUCUGUAGCACCUUCAUCCCUUUCAGUUUAUCAAAACCCUACUGAUAUGUCACGGAAUAACCCUAAGUCUCCACAGAAGCCUAUUGUUAGAGUCUUCCUGCCCAACAAGCAAAGGACUGUGGUUCCGGCAAGAUGUGGGGUGACAGUACGAGACAGCCUGAAGAAAGCUCUGAUGAUGAGAGGUCUUAUUCCAGAAUGCUGUGCUGUUUACAGAAUACAGGAUGGAGAGAAGAAGCCAAUCGGCUGGGACACUGACAUUUCCUGGCUAACUGGAGAGGAGUUACAUGUGGAGGUCUUGGAGAAUGUGCCACUCACAACACACAAUUUUGUAAGAAAAACAUUCUUCACGUUAGCGUUCUGCGACUUCUGUCGAAAGCUGCUUUUCCAGGGAUUCCGAUGCCAGACGUGUGGCUACAAAUUUCACCAGCGCUGUAGUACGGAAGUGCCACUGAUGUGUGUUAACUAUGACCAACUCGAUUUGCUGUUUGUCUCCAAGUUCUUUGAACAUCACCCCAUAUCGCAGGAGGAGACCACCUUAGGAGAGACCACCCCGGCAUCGGGAUCGUACCCCUCAGUGCCCCCAUCAGAUUCUGUUGGAUGUUGUGAAGUUGGGCAAAACUCAGCAACAACCCAUGAGGCAGAUAUUAUGGCAGGACCACCAAUUCUCCCUAGUCCUUCUCCUUCAAAAUCCAUUCCAAUCCCACAGCCCUUCCGACCAGCAGAUGAAGACCAUCGGAAUCAGUUUGGGCAACGCGACCGAUCCUCUUCAGCUCCCAAUGUUCACAUCAAUACAAUCGAGCCAGUCAAUAUUGAUGACUUGAUUAGAGACCAGGGUGUACGAGGAGAGGGAGGUUCAACUGCAGGUUUGUCUGCAACACCUCCCGCAUCUUUGCCUGGGUCACUUACCAAUGUGAAAGCAUUACAGAAAUCACCGGGCCCCCAACGGGAAAGGAAAUCAUCCUCAUCCUCAGAAGACAGAAAUAGAAUGAAAACCCUUGGUCGACGAGAUUCAAGUGAUGAUUGGGAAAUACCAGAUGGGCAGAUCACAGUCGGACAAAGGAUAGGAUCUGGAUCAUUCGGAACAGUCUACAAAGGAAAGUGGCAUGGUAAGUGGCUCCCAGGGCAAACAGUUGCUCUUAAGCAAGUGGCAUUGCCUGCUGGGGGCCACCCAGCUGAAAAGCAGCUUUAUAGAAAAAGAUCUGUAGGUCCUCGUGGAUGCCAACUUGAACAUGAUUAAGCAACAUGGCCUUGU